GCCUGUAUCUACUCAUUUGUACACAAAAUGAAAGUGUUUAAAACCACGCGUUGGAUCAGAUACAUAAAUCGGAGAUGAUUCAUUCGCUGAAAUGCGCGUAAUUCAAUUGGAAGACAUGGAAAUCACAGAAAACUUUACAUCAGAGGCGCAAUCCCCGCGGCAACAGCGAACAAACUGUUAUUAAGAUUUCAUGAAGAACACUUUUUUAGUCGAGCUUGCGGAUGGACUAAUAUUUUUCGUUCACGCGUGAAUCCCGUUGUCUGAGGAAACUAUGAGACGUAAAAGGAUUUCACCAUGUGUGCGUUUCCCGAAAAGUUGCCAUAUAUUGGUAGGAUUUAUUUGUUUUACCUUCUUCGUCCAGAAUUCAACAUCGCUUGAAACUGUUGAGAUAUUCGAGGGUUUGCCGCCCGGCAGUGCAGUUUUAAAGUUGAAACGGAAACCAGGCAUCGUUUACUCUCUUCAUCGAGAUUCCUCCACCGCGGACGGAUUAAGUUUGUUUUACAUUGACUCAAAUGGAGUGCUUACUUCUAAAGUAACAUUGGAUUACGAAGACGAGCGCGGAAAUGAAUUCGAUUUACUGGUAAUUUCGCGGGAAAUCUCAAAAGCAGAGGGUGGAUUUGGAAGUAUAGUACGCGUUCGAAUACUCGAUCGCAACGACAACCCACCCAAGUUUCCCAACGAUUUGUACACUUGUUCCAUGUUGGAAAAUAGUGGCAUUGGAACUUACGUUCAGGGUCUUGAGAAUGUUUUUGCCAGUGACUUGGAUAGCGGCAAAAACUCUGUGCGAAAGUACAGCAUCGUGGGUGGAAAUGAGGCGGGAAAGUUUGAUGUUGAUGUCAAGGAGCUCGAUGGUGUGAAGUUUUUGCGUCUCAAAACGAAAGCGCCUAUUGAUAGAGAAGAAACCCCGUUCUUCGUGUUAACCGUCAAGGUGGAAGACGGAGGAAUUCCUUCACUGUCAAGUGCCACUCAGAUACGAGUCAACAUCCUCGACGAAAAUGAUCAAACACCCACAUUUCAACCACCGAUUUAUUCUGUUGCUGUCAGCGAAAAUGUACCUGUUGGCACUUCCGUUACACAGGUGAAGGCUUUUGAUAGCGACGUGGGAACAAACGCUGAAAUUUAUUAUUACUUUAAACCCGAAGACGAGUUUUUCAUUGUUAAUGCUCAUACGGGAGUUGUAGAAACAGCUUGCGAACUAAAUUUCGAGAAAGGAAAUUCAUUUGAUCUCACAGUGUAUGCGGUAGAUCGAGGCAAAACUCCUCGCCAAGCAGAAACUAUUGUACGAAUUCGCCUAGUCGAUAUAGAAAGCUACCCUCCUUUGCUUGGAGCUAAUUCUGCUGAAUCGGCACCACCUGUCUUUCAAAAACAGACACACUUCGUGAGAAUAAGAGAGGAUUUUCCGGUUGGUGGUGCAGUAGUCCGCGUGAAUGCCCAUCAGGGAAGCCAUCCACGGCACUAUGAGAGAGCGUGGCGGUAUAUUAUUGUUAACAAUCCUGCUUCUAUGUUCCACAUUAAUCCUCGAAGCGGGGUCAUUACUCUUCGUGAACCUUUAGCAUUUGAAAAUCAAACUUCUUUUUCGCUUGUUGUUAAAGCACAAGAUGAACAGUCCAAAGAUUUGUAUAAAUCACACGCCCGAGUUGAGAUAGUAAUAGAAGACGUUAAUGAGAAUUAUUUCGCGCCAAUUUUCUCUCGUUCAAUUGCGGUGGUAUCAAUCUCAGAGAAUUCAGAAAAAAAUACCGUCGUUUCAGCGCUUUCAGCUUCUGACGCUGAUGAUGGUAGCAAUGGGGAAAUUGUAUACAGUGUAGUGGGAGGCUCAGGACUGGGUAAAUUUAACAUUGACGAAAACACUGGACAAGUACGAUCGAUCGUUCGUUUCAACCAUGAAAUGGAUUCACAGUUUGACUUGCACGUGCGGGCGAGCGACCGCUCAAAACAACCGCUUCAUUCGAAAGCAUACUUAUUUAUUAGAUUACAGAAUGGAGGAAAGAAAAGGCCUUUCUUCCACAGUCCACGACAGCUUGUCAGUGUUCGCGAAAACAGCGCAAAGGGGACUUUUGUAGCUCUGGUGAGAGCUAAACUUCGAACGCGGAGAUUGAACGAUAAAAGACUAUUGGAGUAUUUUAUUUCUAGCGGAAAUGAGGGCGGCAAGUUUUCCUUGAAUUCCACUUCAGGGGUAAUUUCAACUGCUGACCACCUUGAUCGUGAAAGUAAAGAUCUGUAUAUACUUAAUAUUUAUGCCCAUAUUAAGGGUGCUCCAUUAUCAAUGAGCUCACCCCUCCAAGUUGUUGUCACAGUUUCUGAUGAGAAUGAUAACAGCCCAUCAUUUGAAAAACACAAGUACAAGGUUUUUGUCACAGAAAACAUUGGUAAUAUAUCAAAUUUGCUAUGUCUAGCAGCCCAUGAUCUUGACACUGGUGAGAAUGGACACAUCACAUACUCUAUAAUCUCUGGUAAGGGGCCAUUUGCCAUCAACCCUGUCCUGGGCGUGUUAUCAGUCAAAAGAUCUCUAGAUUAUGAGAAGCAGUCAGUGCAUAGACUUGUUAUACAAGCAGAAGACAAUGGUGUGCCAUCCCGCAAGACAACAGUGGACGUUACCAUUGUUGUGGAAGAUGCUAACGAUGCACCUGUUUUUUCUCAGGAUCAUUACGAAGUGACCAUAUUAGAAAACACCGAUGUCGAAGAUACUGUGGCUGUGCUAACCACUUCUGAUCAGGACCGAGACAAGAAUGGAAAAUUCACUUGCAGCAUGGAAAACAUGGACUUGGAGACCAUGGACACUUUUCAAGUGAGAAGAACGCCUGAAGGCUGUGCUCUGGUUCUAACUGGUUACUUGGACUGGUACCGUGCGAAUAAGUAUUCCUUCUCGGUCCGCGCCACUGACAGUGCUGAGAGCGCGCAAAGGAAGUCAGUCACGGCUAAUGUCACCAUUCGCGUACAAGACACGAACAACCACGACCCGGAGUUUUUGCAGGCGUCUUAUUGGGUUGCUUUACCUAACGACGCCAACAUGGGUGCAACUGUACUGACGGUCAAAGCGCGCGACCUGGAUGAGGGUAAAAACGCUGAUAUACGAUACAUACUUACCAAUGACGUCUUUAGUAUUCAUCCAACCAAAGGUAUCAUCACGCUUAAGCAAGGGUUGGGAUCUGUCACCCGCAAGAAAUAUGAAUUUUCAGUCAGAGCAACCGACCAGGGAACGCCUAACAGACAGACUGCUGUGAGUGUUUCUGUGACCGUUCACCCCCUGUCUUACAUCCCUCCAAUAUUUCUGAGGUCUGAGUAUCGCAAAGUAAUCCCUGAGACUUUCAAAACAGGUGCUGCGCUGCUGACGGUGCGUGCACGGAAGAGUCUGGGUUUUGGUGGGUCUGUCAAGUACUUCAUUGUAGGGGGUGAUCCACUAAAUCAGUUCAGUGUGGGAACUCGGAGUGGCGUUCUUACCCUCAAAAAACAGUUGGAUUACGAAAGAAUUAAUCACUACAUGUUGGUUGUACGCGCUGUGCAAAGUGGACUAUCACCUUCAUUGCCAACCGAGGUUAAAGUUUUUGUAAAUGUCACAGACGUGAACGAUAAGUCCCCACGGUUUGCUCUUCCAGUGGAUCCGUUUGUGAUAACUGUGGAUGAAUUUCAACCCCCAGGAACUCUCAUUGCCGUUUUGAAAGCAUAUGACAGAGACACAGGCAAUAAUUCCCUUAUCACCUAUAGACUGGAAGAUGCUAACUUUAAAAUUCACUCAUACCUUGGAACUCUAUCGACCAAGCUUGAAUUAUAUCAUUCUCAAGGAACCUCACGAUCUUUCGUUGUCACGGCAACCGACUCAACACCCCCAUACCGAAGUGCUACAGCCAAUGUGGUGGUCAUGAUAAAAAAGGCCGCCCCUCCCCCAAGGUUCCCCAAUUCGGAGUUGGCCGAAUACGUGCAAGAAGACACAGACGUUGGUAAGUCCCUAGUGCAGUUGCGUUCCCUCGCAGAGAGUCGUUUCACCUUAAAGUACUGGGUAACAGACGGUAACCAAGAUAACCAAUGGUGUGUAGACACGACUGGUCAUAUACGAGUCAAUAAACCGCUGGACCAUGAACAGAAGAAAUCCUUUCACCUUAAAAUCAAGGUGGAUGAUGGCAUAACGACUCAUAUCGCACCGUCCGUCUUGUUUACGGUGGAAGAUGUGAACGACAACGUUCCUACGUUUAGCGCAAACACAUACAAGUUCUACGUGUCCGAGAAUUCACCUGCCUUCCACACAGUCGCUAAAGUGUAUGCAAAAGAUCGCGAUGAAGGCUCCAACAGCGAGAUAAAGUAUUCAAUAGUUGGAGUAGAGGAUACUCGUUCCAUUGGAAAAUUUGAAAUCGAUCCAACAUCCGGUCACUUGAAAACAACUGGGGUGCUAGACAGAGAGUUUAUGGAGCAGCAUGUGAUCAUGGUGGAAGCAGAGGAUGCUGGGAAACCUUCGCUGAGUAGCCUGGCACGCCUUACUGUAAUUGUUAAAGAUGAGAAUGAUAACAGUCCAGUGUUUGCCACAGACUUGUUUAGGGCUUCGGUACCUGUUGAUGCCAAGGUUGGGUCCAGGAUUUUUUCAGUGAUAGCGUCAGACAUGGAUUGGGGAGAGAAUAGGCUUUUGAGUUACUCAGUAAUUGCCGGUAACUCUGAGCAGUUCAUCGCUGUCGACCCAAUUGAUGGAACUGUCACUGUGGCCCGUCUUUUUACGUCGCUGAAGGCAAUCAAUUUUACAGUAAUGGCACGCGAUCAGGGUCAGCCUACCAGAAACGCUACUGCUGACGUAAUUGUUACGAUUCACGCCAUUGAGGGCCCUCCAAGAUUUCUGGCUUCAGCUUAUGACGCGCGUGUAGCAGAAAACAAGAAAGCGGGAACUAAGGUCAUUCGUGUGCAAGCAGCAAGUGUCGAUCCUGUUAUUUCGUAUAAAAUAUUGAAUGGAAACUCUAGAAAACAUUUUCAUCUGAAUGUAGAAACGGGAUUGCUAACUACAACUAGAUCCCUUGAUUACGAAAAAUUUACGCGUUACCAGCUUGUUGUUAUGGCAAUAGACAGUAGCAAUCGAAUGAAUUACGUCAAAGUUGUUGUACACGUGAUUAACGUCAAUGAUAAUGAACCUUACUUCGUGGAUAUACAUAGCGGUAUUAUUGAAGGACAGGUGUUAGCUGACGCCAUCGUCAACAGUCACGUGAUGUGGCUUAAGGCACGCGACCGAGAUGUUAGUGACGUCAUUAGCUACAAGAUACACAACGAGAAAGCGGCUUUGUAUUUUACUGUCGACUCUGAAGGAAGCUUAAGGACCAGGAGAGCACUACAAGAACUUCAGUCACCGUUCGUUUUCAAAAUUGAAGCUUUGGAUAAUGGGAUUCCUUCUAGGAGUACUUUUACGUCGGUGAGACUUGUUUUCUUGAGGUAUCAUACUCAACAGAGAGAGCUGCAGGUGCUUGUCCCUGAAGACGUUAAGCAAGACGUCGUGCUCAUUAAAAUAAUAGAUUCAGCAAAAAUUGUAAAUCCGAGCUUUUCGAUCAUUUACCCUGUCGGAGCACCUUUUCGUAUAGACAGUGAAAGUGGGGAGGUGCGAACCUCCCGUCCUCUAGAUUAUGAGACUACACAGAAUUACAGCUUAAUACUGCAAGUGCAAGACUCCAAAAAUGGCAAAGAAUACAGCAAUAUAGACUUAGUGGUUGAAAUUGAAGACGUAAAUGAUAACUCCCCCAGCUUUACUAUGGAGAAGGAGGACGGGAUAUACAUCGCUAAGAUCAAUAGAAAUCCUGUCCAGGGUACGGUGUUGUACACGCUUACAGCUUCAGAUCGAGAUUCUAGAGGCCAUUUGCGUUACUCGCUGGUCAGCAGUAGUGGCGAAAACGCUGUGUUUGAGGUGGAGGCCGAGAGUGGGAGAGUGAAGACAGUCACUCAACAGGUGUUAAUGGCCGACUUUUACAACAUCACUGUGAUGGUGAGUGACAGUGACACGCCUUCUCGUCACACUCAGGCCAUACUGCAUGUGCAAGUUGGAGAAUACUUGCCCACCUUCAGUCGGGAAGAGUACGUGUUUAGAGUCAAGGAGAACACGCGGAAAGGAUUCACUAUCGGCCGCAUUAAGGCGCACAGCUACUCUGGAGCGUCUCUUUCAUACACUGUAGUGCACGGAAACGUUCAUAAAAAAUUUAUCCUGGACAGCAACACAGGGCGUCUAGCUCUCCCCAAUCCUCUGGACUAUGAACGUGACUCCAAUGUUUACUACAUCAGGAUAAGAGCGGUCGAGGUUGGUGUUACUCAGCGCCAGUCCUCCGAAGUCAACGUCCAAGUCCUCCUCAAAGAUAUGAAUGACAAUGCUCCUGAAUUCUCUCAACAACGCUACAGGUACAUUUUACCAGAAAGUGCUCCUGUGGGGACAAUGGUGUUGGUUGUUUCAGCCCGUGACAGCGAUUCAGGGGUGAACGGACAGUUUAGAUAUUACAUGAAUAGUAGAUACUUUUCUGUAAAUCCUUACACUGGGGAGAUCACCACAACAAAACCGCUGGAUUAUGAGACCGCGCGCUCACACACCUUUGAUGUAAUGGCGCAAGAUGGCGGGAAACAGGUGCUUCACGGGACGGCGCGAGUGGAAGUGACGUUACAAAAUGUAAACGACAAUCCACCGCGGUUCUCACAGACGGUUUAUAAUUCACACGUGAAUGAGGAUGCUGGCCCGGGUGAACUGGUGACGACUGUUCAAGCAAGUGACCUUGAUCUCGAUCCAGUCUCCUACAGUAUUAUCUCAGGUGAUGAUAACAGCAAUUUUGUGAUAGACAACCGGACGGGUGUCGUGCGAUUGGUUUCACACAGGGCACCAAGCCUUGUAGGUCCGUACUACGAGCUGAACAUAAGUGCCUCAGAUGGCCUUCACACAAGCCAAGCCGUGUUGAUAGUGGCUAUUCAGGAUAUCAAUAAUCACAAACCAGUGUUCAAAGACUGCGACAAGUACAAACCGGUUAUCUCAGAAAACGUUCGUCCUGGAUCCUCAGUUAUUCAGGUCAGUGCUGAAGAUAGAGACAUGGGUCAGAACGGAGAAGUUAGUUAUCACAUUGAGCGGCCUUCUACCGGGAUACGCUACUUUAAAAUAAAUAGUGCUUCCGGUCUGGUAACAACUGCCGUGACCUUUGACCGUGAAGAGAAGCGAUCCUACCAGAUAAGGAUCACGGGAAAGGACGGAGGACCUGGCCAAGAAGAAGGAGAGAGGCUGAUGGGAUUCUGUCAACUGGAAAUUAGAAUCGACGACGUCAAUGACAACGAUCCAGUUUUUAGUAGCAAAACAUUCAUAACCAAUGUAAAGGAGGACCUUGAAAAAGGGCAUAUAGUACUUCAUGUAACCGCUACCGAUAAGGACGCCGGUAGUAAUUCGCUUAUAACGUACUCUCUUGAAAAACCAAACAAGCAGUUUCUGAUAUCCAACAGCACGGGAAUUAUAACCACUAAAGGUCCAUUGACCUCGACAAAGUACAACUUCAAAGUGAUUGCCCAAGAUAAUGGAAACCCGCGGCGGUCUUCUAAAGCAGAUGUAGAAAUCAGUGUUUACAAAGCUGGGAAGGACCCGCCAAAGUUCACAAAAGAUGUGUACAUCGCGCGUGUUCGCGAGGAUGUGCGGCAAGGGUAUAGAGUUGAGCGCGUGUUGGCCACAAGCCCAAAUCAGAUUUAUUACAGUAUUGUGAAUUAUCCACAGCCGGUUAAUAUCGACCCGGUUCAAGGAAUAAUAACGACUCAGCGCACCCUUGAUUACGAAUUAGCGUCAAAUUACACAAUACACAUUCUUGCUCAAGAUAAUCAAGAUCCACCGCUUAUGUCGUUCGCUCGGCUUGAAAUUCUCGUGGAAGACGUCAAUGAUUCACCCCCUCAGUUUCCGGUGUCAAAAUAUGAAGGACAAGUUGCUGAGAAUUCACGGAUCGGUAGCUCUGUCAUCGAAGUGAAAGCCGAUGACCCGGAUAAGGGUGAAAAUGGAAUGGUUUCUUACACUUUCAAAGAAAGCUAUAAGUCAUUUGAGCUAAACUCUAAGAGGGGGCUCAUUACCACCAAAAAGAUAUUUGACCGUGAGGAGACUGGACGCUACACCUUGAUAGUAGAAGCACGUGACCAUGGAGAUCCUCCCAAAUCGUCAAGUUGUAUUGUGGAUGUCAUAAUCAGCGAUCAGAACGAUAACCCUCCUGUGUUUGAGCAGACUGUGUACAAUGCGAGUGUUCACGAAGAUGCUUCCAGGGGAACAAACAUUCUUGAAGUAUCUGCAGUGGAUGACGAUAUUGGAAACAAUGCUGUGGUGAACUAUUUCAUCACGGCAGGAAAUACCCGAGCGGCGUUUGCGAUUAACAAGGAUCUUGGACAAAUUGUGGUGGCGAGUUCGUUAGAUCGCGAGACACAAGAUUAUUACCAGUUGAAGAUUAAAGCACUUGACGGGAAAAACUCUGGUACGGCUGUGGUCAACAUACACGUCAAAGAUGCCAAUGAUAACACCCCCGUGUUCACCAACACCACGUAUGUAGCUAAAGUUUACGAAAACCAGCCUGCCGGGAGUUACGUCACGACGCUGUCGGCGUCUGAUAAGGAUCUCGGACUGGGCGGAGCGUUCUUGUUUUCGAUCAGCGGUCAGGGUAAGGACGCUUUUGAUAUCGACCCGAAUACGGGUAUCGUAACGACUAUCAAACCUCUAGACCGAGAAGCUAAAGGGCGCUACGACUUCCUUGCGUUUGCCACUGACAAUCCUAAUGCAGAACCAGGCUCUCGGAGGACCGGCUCCUGCGAUGUGGUGGUUUGGAUCCGGGACGUGAAUGACAAAAGGCCGCAUUUCCCGGAUGAUGUAUAUGAGGGCACUGUGAAAGAGAACCAGUUGCCAGGCGCUCGUGUCAUGGUCUUGUCGGCAGUCGACGAAGAUGAUCCAAAUGAAAACGGAAACGCUGUUAUAUCUUACGAGUUAAUCGAUGAUGCAGGUGGACUGUUCAAAAUCGAUCGCGACUCGGGAUUAAUCACGACGCGAAGGAGACUAGACCGAGAAACUGACGACGAGUACCAACUGGUUGUUAAUGCUACAGACCGAGGUCGACCGGCGCUAUGGGGUCAAGUGGAAGUCAUGAUCAGGGUGGCGGAUGACAACGAUCAUCCGCCUCGGUUUACUGAGCAGACGUUUGUCGCUAGUAUUUUCGAGAACGCAUCUAUUGAUUCGUCUGUGAUGAAACUCAAGGCCACGGACGAAGACAUCGGUAGUAAUUCUAGGUUACGCUACAGUAUAAUAGCAGGGGCUGCUGAUUUGGAAGAGGAUGGUAGUAGAAUGUUUCGCAUUGUGGAAGAUACUGGAGUCCUUCAGGUAGCUAGAAGCUUAGAUUAUGAGACACAGAAGCAGUACACUCUAAAAGUCAAGGUGAGUGAUUCUAGUUCUCCAUUCUUUAGCGACAAAGCAGAUGUAAUGAUCACCGUUCAAGAUUACAAUGACAAUCCCCCAGUCUUUAACCCCGUAUCAUACGCGCAAAAAGUCAAUGAGGAUGUCACCCCUGAGUAUUUUCUCAUGAAAGUUACCGCCACGGACUCGGACUCGGGCAGCAACCGAGAUUUCAAGUUUUCAAUUUUUGAGGGCGAUCCCGACGGACAGUUUCGUAUUGACCCGGAACGGGGAAACCUCUAUGUUCACCGCAGGCUGGAUAGGGAGAAACGAGCAGUUUACUUGCUCACUGUUAGAGCUACGAAUACUGCAACGCCUCCCUUAUAUGGUCACGCCUCAGUUAAAAUCACCUUGAAUGACGUGAAUGACAAUGGUCCAACUUUCCACCCAUCAGAAAUUCACUUCAGUAUCAAAGAAAACACUGAACCUCCUCAGUACUUAGGAAAAAUCAGCGUUGAUGAUCCAGAUCUUGAUCCUCCUAACGGAGCUCCGUUCUUCUUCGAGAUCGUCAAUGGCAACGAAGAAGGCCUCUUUGAGCUGAAUAACAGAACAGGAGAGAUAUUUACACGAAAAAGGUUUGACCGGGAAGAGCGCGAAUCUUACAGGCUGGUUGUAGCUGCGACGGACAGUGGCAAGCCUAAGAAAGAUUCGAAGACCUCACUCUUUGUGCACAUUUUAGAUGUCAAUGACCAUCAACACUCGGUAGGAAUAUUAAAUCUCGAGCUAAAUUCGUAUCAGGGCAAGUUUCCAGGGGGGAAGAUCGGAAAAAUGUACGUAGUGGACAAAGACAUUGAUGAUGACCGACAUUAUAAGUUAAUAUCCAACAGCUCCCGAUAUUUCACUAUCCAGCCAACGACAGGAAUGAUAAUAAGCCAGCCGAAUCCUCCUGAAGGAAAUCACUUUUUGUCUGCCAUAGUUUCUGAUACUAACAGCUCAUUCAAAUCAGUGAUCUGUUCCGUGUUCAUCAAAGUCAAGCAAGUUUCAGCUGAAGCUGUCCACAACAGUAUGGCGAUAAGACUGGGGGGUGUUUCGCGUAAAACGUUUGUCAGUUCAGUUCUAGCGAGAUUUAAGGAGUCAGUGGGAAGCAUUCUUCAAACGGACGAAGACAACGUGGAUUUAUUUAGCGUCCAGGAUGCACCAAGGGCACCACGAGCCAUCGACGUCAGGUUUGCAGCGCAUGGAAGUCCUUACUAUGCCCCUGAGAAAAUGAUCGCUAUCCUGAAGAACAACCGACCCAGCUUGGUCAAAGCAAUGGCUGUGUUUGACGUGAAAGUUUUGGCUGUGGGUGUAGAUGAAUGUCUGCAUGAGCCCUGUGAAUCUGGUGGCUGUACAAAUGUAUUGCUCGCCAAUGGAGAAGUGGAAGUGAUUUCUGUGAAAACAACGUCUUUUGCGUCCAUUGUGGCGAUCCUAGAACCACGCUGUGAUGAUUGUAUGGGGAAGCAAAAAGAAACAACGAGGUGUGAAUCGGAGUGGUGUUUAAAUGGAGGCACGUGCUUGGACACUCCUCAAGGACACAAGUGUCGGUGUCUUAAAGGUCACAAUGGUCCCAACUGUGAAUUUUCAACGCGAAGCUUUGAGCAUGGUGAGUGGCUGUGGCUUCCAGCACCGGAACAAUGCAGUGUGGGUUCCCUGUCACUGGAGUUUGCCACCCGCGAAGCAAAUGGGCUGCUGUUGUAUGGAGGUCCAACUUCCCCUGUGCGGGAGGGAGACGUGCAUGAUUUUAUCACACUUGAACUGGCCGGCGGUAAGAUUCUCGUGACCAUGUCUCUUGGGGACCGUAAUGAUGUGGUGCGCGCUGGAGUUACUGGUGGGAUGGACCUGAACGACGGUGAAUGGCACCAUAUUGAGGUCUACCGGGACGGAUCAUUUGUGCGUGUAACAGUUGAUAAGUGUAAAGGAGUACCGGUGGUGGUCGAAGAAAUGUAUCGCUGUUCUUCCACAGCAAAAUUGAGCAAAAAGAACAAGUUUUUGAAUUUAAACGGGCCCUUACAGUUGGGCGGGGUGUCAACGACUAAUCUUCUCUACCCAAACCUGACUGUUACCAAUUACGAAGGCUGUAUACGGAAUGUGAUAAAUCAGGGCAGGUACUACGAUCUGAAGACCCCUAUCCGCAGAAAUGGCACCAAAGAAGGAUGUCCUAUGGUGGAUCAACAUUGUAGGAGCCACCAGUGUGACGCCCUGUCCAAAUGUGUUCCUUCUUGGACUGGUUACUCAUGUCAUUGCCCCUUUGGUUUCACCGGUUCCACGUGUGGCAAAAGGACACGUGCCUUGUCCUACGCGGAGGGUAGUUAUACUAAGUACCUUUUUUACGAGCGCAAGAUCAACAAGGAACAGCGGGAGACUAAGAUCCAAAUGCAGAUUAGAACACGUGACCCGGACGGAGGUGUACUAAUGUACAAUAACGGAAGUAAAGAAGGCCGCUUUAGUUUACUUGAGGUGGUGCCAUAUGAUAUUGACGGGGAUGGGGAAAGUGAGGUGAUUGUUACAUAUACGUUGGGUUACAAGAACCAAUCCUCUUCAGUUUUGCAACUGACCGGCGUCAACGUGGGCAAUGGUCAGUGGCAUAAUAUAAGCGUGGUACGGGAGAGAACACACGUAACGCUUUCCGUGGACUCUGACGGCGAUGGAUAUUCCGUGACAGAGCAACUUGGCAUAGAACACACUUUGUUCACUAUGGAUCCCACGCGGAACUUCAUUGGGGGUGUCCCGCCAUCUAGCACAUCCUCGCGUCGCCGUGCUGACAUUGGAAAAGAUUUUGUUGGCUGCAUAAAUGAUGUGAGAUUCAACGGACAUUUACUCUAUUAUUACAAUGGAACAAAUGCUUUAGGAAACGCUCUAUCUGUAGGGGUCAGUGAAGGUUGCUUGGCAGAACCCAUGUGUGAACCUAACCCGUGCAACAUCUCUGAAUGGUGCCGAGACGUGUGGCGAAAGUUUGUCUGCCUUCCUCGUCUGUGUACCGGGCAGCCUUGUAAGAAUGGAGGCACAUGCUUCGAAGGGGCUGAUUCCAGAGGAAACAACAAAUUCUUCUGUAAAUGUCCUUUAGGUUUCGAGGGCGCUCUUUGUGAUGUGCGUGGCCGGUCCGUGGUUGUUACUGAAGUAACUGGCGCUAGAUUAGAGGACGGCUUAAUUAUCGGGUUAGCAGUCUUGGUAGUGACGCUGAUUUUAUCAGCUAGCAUUCUAUUCGUGUACCUCCGCCGCUCCCAACCGCAGAAGCGUGACGUUUUUGUCGAAGAAGAUCAGUUUAAGCGGGACAACGUCGCCAAUUACCGCAUUGAGGGAGGUGGAGAAAUGGACCUAGAAGAAGAAGAUCAAGUGAGGGACAUUUUGAGAUCCUUUGAAACGAACGAUUUCAGUCCGUGUCAAAAUAAAAAGUUUAAACUAUCGGGAAGCAACGGUGACGUCAGCGGAUCAUAUUUUGUCCUUACCCCACUUAAAAGGGAGGUCAUUGGAAGACAACCCAACGGAAUGCCUGAUUCCAAACCUGUUCAAAGGUCUGGUAAACCGGAUAAACAAGAUAUACAGCGCUCUUACUCCCAGGAAGGCUCUGAUCAGGAGCCCCCGGACUCAUCUUCGUCACCGUCAGCAGUAUCCACUCCUGAACGGCGCAGGCGUGUUCGUACCUCUUCCAAAGGAGAUAUUGUGGAAAGACAUAGUCCAGAAGGGGGUGAGGAAGGGGUUGAGGGAAGUCCAACUCGGAAACUGGCGGAAGUGUUCGGAUUGAGCGAAGAAGAACAAGAGGGAAUGAGAUCACCGCCGGAAGGAUUUUCGUCGCCAGAAAAGUACGAAAGCUUGAGUAAAAGAGAGCGUGGAAAUGGUGCUUCGUUGCAGAGACCUAACAAAACAGAAGAAGAAUCUAGAAAACCUCCACAGAAUAUGGAAGAAUCACAUCUAUCUUACAAUGGCGCGGAAUCCUUCGCAAUGGAGAACCCACUAUCGCGUCCUAAUAGUGACUUACCCAGCUCGGCUGUAGAAGAUGGAUUCCCUCCCGUUCAACGGAACUCUAUCCCCCCGCGGAAACCUCCACGAGCCUGCUUUCCUAGGGGAGUACCACCCCCACCGGGUAACUUCAUACCGGAGGAUGCAAUGCAGAGAUUUUAUUAUGAGGGGGCUGGUUCCCCUACUAUCUCGCUAAGCACUCUGGGAGACACGGAGGGCGAGUCGGAAGCGGAUGAUAAUUAUGAUUAUGUGAAUCAGAUGGGAGAUAAGUUUAAGAAACUGGCGCGUAUUUGCGGACAGACUCCUUCGGUAACCUUCAGUCCUCACGAUGAGGUCAUCGGAGAAUAGAGCUAGGAAAGUGGUCAGAACUGAACGAGAUGCAUUGCUCUAUCACCGAGAACAUGAUGAUGAAGAGCUCCUGAAAUGAAAAAUCGGAAUUGAGACACUAACCUACCCCACCCUGUCGAUGACAUUAAAUCAUUAGCUAAGCUUAGACUGAUAAAACUCUUUACGUUGUAAAGAGCAAGAGAGGGUGCGGUAGACACAAAGACAACAUUUUAGAUUGCCAAAGGCGAGGUCUCGGAAUAAUAAUACCAAGAAGUGUGGCUUAAAAAUCAAGACUACUGAUUCUUAGGUUCGGACACGUAACAUCUGCGCACAAAGUUAAUCUCAACCCUUUCAUUUCUUUCAGUGAUCUGUUCCUCGUUACCUAUUUAAGGUGUUCGAGUUCAUAAUAAGAAUAUAGACAAACGACAAAUAGCUGACUGCGUGCACGAUUGCCGAAGGGUGAAAUCUUUGUGCACACAAAUACUGUUAAAGAGUCAAGCAAACAAAUAGUUCAGAUAUUGAUAGAUCGUUAAAAUGGAGCAGUGAAAAACCGUUUUCUUUCACUCUUGGAAUGAAAGGGUUUUGAUAAGCAUUUCAGUUAAAAAAAAAGAAGCUUAUUAACUCUGACUCAAUGCCAGCUCGAACUGGGCCGACGUUAAAAAUAAUUGAAAACGUGAUCGUCCAUCAAACGCUCGAAAUAUUUUGAAAUAUUUCCAGCAUCUAAUGAACGCUUGUAGUGUUAAAAAACUCAGAAAGACAAUAAACUGCAUGUAAGUUAUGAAAGAUAUGCUGAUAGAAAAGUAUAGAGAAAGGGUUUUUUUGGAAGACUUUGAAAUGAUCAAGCCCUCGCAUCUUCUUGUCUCCUACACUUUUAGAUACGAACCUAAGAUAACUUACUACGUGUGCUAUGUUGUAUAUUUGUGGAAAAGCUCACACGGAGAAUCGGUAACUUUAGUCGCAGGAGAUUAGUCUAAAUUAAAGGACACUAAAGUUGUUUCCCAGCGAUGUUAGUCACGUUUUGCUCAUGUUGAUUAUUUUUUGUGAUUUUUAUUAGGAAAUAAAUGAUGAGAUUUGGUUUUCUUAGCUCAAUUAAUAAUGGUAAUUGCACUGAGUGGAGUGCAAUUUGGGCUGAAAUCAUACGCGUGAUUUUAGACCGAAAUUGCACGACACUAGGUUCAAUUACCACUUUAUUACAUCUAUUUUGAAAUCGCCCAAAUACAGGACUUGGUCAGUUCAAAUGUUUUAUUGAUGCAGUACUGAGCCGGUAUGAAAUUAAAUUCAUGUCCAUUUUUUGGGGGGAAAAAGUAAGUUGAGAAACAAAAGUUGCAAAAUUUGCCUCAUGAUACUCCUUGUCUUUCAUUUUCCUGCAAUUUGAUCGGUUACUUUAAACAAGCCUUAAAAUCUGAUUGUUUGUUUUGUUUUUAGUGCAGCCUCCUCGUUGGCUGGGAAAAAGAUGCGAUUUAAAGCAAAAAAUGGUGCGAUUCGUGAAUAAAUCGCAUCAAUUAGAGCCAAUCAGAUUACAGGAACCACCAGUGAUUUCAAAACGGGUGUAAUAAAAAGGAAUAUCGUUUCUGGAAUGUACCUAUCUCCAGUACUAAGUGAUAAUAUCUUAUAUUUUCUAGAGUUAUAAUGUUAUAUUUUGAUAUUUGAAAUUAUGUAAAAUAAUUUUAAUCCCCUGUAAGAGUUUUUGAACAUGCGCCGGUGUUUAGGGUGCAGUAAAACAUCCGAAAAUAAUUUGUUUUACCUUUGAGUUAGUUAUAAUCAUUGAUUUACUAUGAGGAACCAUUUGCUGACUCCAAGUUCUCCGUCUAAUCAGUAAGAGUUAGUUAAGUUUAAAAGAGUUGUAACGGGAAGGUUUUUCCGUCGGAUUGAGUUUAAGACAGUCGUUAAAAAACC